UGAUUCAGUAUAUCUGCAUCUUGAAUACACUUUCUGAUCUUCUAAUCUAACCCCAAAUGGCGCCUUGGUUUUUUGUUCUUCUCUUCUUAGUCGCCAAAGCUCAUGCUACGAUGACCAACCAAAUCGACCUGCAAGCAGCGAUGGACGAGAUGAGAUUAAAAUCUUACCAUGGCUUUGCCAUACUACUCAAGAUCUUGAACAGCACCACUAAAACCUUGCAGAAUUCAAAUAUAACCUUCUUCAUGCCUACUGAUCAGGAACUUUCUCAAGCUGAUAUCUCCCCGGACCGACUUGAAGAAUUCGUUUUGAGCCAUUCUAUCCCCACAGCAUUACUACUCAACAAUCUUUUACACUUCCCGAAUGGCACCUUGGUUCCAUCAAGCAUCCCAAACAGAAUGAUCAGAAUAACCAACUGCAGAAAGAUGGGUGUUUGCCUAAACAAUGCACGAAUCAUUACCCCGAACGUGUGCUUAACCUCGUCUAUAAGAUGUCAUGGUAUAAGCACAGCAAUUUCAUAUGACAAAACUUCCUUUUCAGAUACUUUACCUGCUAAGCAAAGUUCAGCUGAAAUUAUAGUUCAAAGGAAUGAAAUAAAAGGAGCAAAAUCUUUACAGUCUGGAGCAAUGAAGAAGAACCGUUCACUGCACUGAACCCAUCCACCUCCCAUCAACAUAGCUUAGUUCAUUCAAAUAAACGCCCAGCUUUGUCAGCAAUUCUCUAGAUGAUAGUUCCUUCCUAGUUUUAAGCAACCUUUCCAAUAAGACAUUGUAUUUUGUUGUAAUGGGUAAGUGAUUUCUGUCUUUUUCCAUUGCUUAAAAAAGUUUUAUACUAUGCUCUUGAAACCACUCGACAAUGAGCCAAUUAGAAAUGGGAACAAGAUUGUUAGGCAGAUGGAUUUUACUCCAAGAAAACGCAUCCCUUCUCUCC